GUGGGUUACAGUUGUCCGUUCAUACUGUUCAAGCUGAGGUACAAGCUUUUUCACAUUUAUGUUUUACAUUGUUUGGAUGCUAUUGUUUGUUCUAAAUAUUUUUUCUUCAAUUCUGUAGGAGGAAAAGGACACUUUGAAUUUUGAAAAUAUGUUUAUCGAUCCUGAUUUUCUUAAGGGUGUGGUUGAUAGCACUGUUAAGAGUGCUUUGAAGACAGAUGAUGUUUCGUUUCAUGAUGAUAGUGAUAAGUUGAGUUUGGUUUUGUACGAUGAAUCGUAUUUGUCUCCGUAGAUUCAAAAGAGGCAGCCUAAACCAAGCUCUGUUGUUCUGUCGCCAUAUGUUGUGGACUUUGGGUCUUCGUCAUCUUCAAAGGAAGACUUAAUGAGGAUUGUGCAAGAUGAUAAAUUUAUUGUGCAUGGAAUCAAUCCUUUUAAAGAUAAAAUUGGUUUUAAUACUGGUGCUGAGCAGUGCAUUAAGUUUUCCAAGUUUAUUGAUGAGAACAUAGUCAUGAAUAGGGGUGUGAAGAAGUACUCCGAUGCGGACAACAUCUUAUCUCCACCGAUGGAUUUUUCUUUCAUUGAAAUUUCUGAGAAGAUGUGGUUCUACGAGCUUCAUGCUUGUGGUGAAUUUCUGCGUGACAGUGUAAGAAACUAGUUUCUUUUUAUUAUUUUCUAUGUUUUUGCUGUUUGAGUCAAUGUUUUUGGUAUCAGUUCUUUCAAAAACUGGUUUCUAAUACAUGUGUUUAUUGCUUUUCUGUAGCAUUUAGAUGUGGUAUUCUAUUACCUUAGGAAGAAGAAUAAGCAAGAUGAUACUUUGAACCAGAGGAUUACCACUACCGAUUGUUUGUUUGAUCAAGUCAUGUGGAAUUCCUACAAUCAGUUCUUGAAAUCGGGUUCUAAUCCUUCUAAGAUUGACUUUGAUAAUGUCAUUCCUAGAUACAUUGUUGGUGAGUAUUUGUUUUGCAAUACUCCUUGGGUGCUUACUGACCAUGUUCUUAUAUAUGUCAAUAUUCAAAAGCAAAAACAUUGGAUAUUGGUCCAUUUUGACAUCAAGGAGAGGAUGUUGAACGUAUAUAACUCCAUGUCUGGUGCUCUCAACAAGAAACGCGCCUUGGAUCAUGUGAAAGCUUAUUCUACUAUGCUGCCAUUUUAUUUGGAGUAUCUUGACGUUUAUUCUUCUAGGCCGGAUCUUAAUUUGGAUCAAGGUCCAUAUUCUGUUGGGAAAAGAGAACCUUUGAAUUUCAAGUUCAUAGAUGGGCUUCCAAGUCAGGUCAAUAGUGAUUGUGGAGUGUUUGUCAUCAAAUUUGCUGAAUUUUUCAUUCGUGAAAAAAUUGAUGACAUUCCAGCUAAGAUGUCUGAUUUGGUAACGGUAUAUAGAGAUAAUCUUGCUGUGAGUUUGUUUAUUCAUGCUAGGAGGAAACAAAUUGGUGGUUAUAUAACUGAUGAUGAAGUGUUGAAAAAGGAGAAGAAAUCCAAGGAUAAUGCAAGUAUUAAGGCAAAGGUCAAAGGGAAGGAUAUUCCAAAGGGAAAGGGCAAAGCGAAAUGAUUUCAAACAAUGUUCUAUAGUUUUUAGUUUUCAGACAAACUGGUUUCAUUUGGUUUUUUUUUUUUU